GCCGGUUAAGCUUAAGAUGGAGAGAGUAAACCAAAGAAAGUCAACCUUCGCACAUGAUGCCAUUGUACAGAAUCAGCAAGCCCUGCAACAACACAACCAUACGAGACAUCACAUGAGGAGACACCCUGUGUUUUUGUUUUUCCAAACAAAUUAGAAAAUACACGCGAGCAAAACCAGCAGGAAACAGGCGUAUAAAAAACAGCAAACGCGACGCUUUGACCUCGAGAUCACUGCCCCCCCUCCCUUUCUUGUUUCUUCUUCAUCCAUCGACCAUCCCUCUCCUGCAGUCCUGCUCCUCGCCUGCCCAUCUCCUGUUCGGCGCUAGCUCCGCGACAUGCACACAUUGUUGACGUCGCACUGUCGCAAGCUCCCCCUCCCUUCAAACCCAAACAAAACCGCACCAAACGAUCCAAAGCAGGGGCACGGAUCGCUGUCUGCACCAACACCAACGCCGACGCCUUACCCUCACCUCGCCGAGCUUGAGCGCUAGUCGUGUCCGACUGUCCGUACCUCGCCGCUUGGCUCAGCUCUCCGAGUUUCAGCUCAGCACGCCGCGAUGAGCUCCGGCGGGACGCCGCCCGUGGGGCUAACACCGGCGGACGGCGGCAUGUUCAGCACCGACCGCAUCGGCGGCUUCGGCUACGGCGUCGGCGUGUCCGUCGGCAUCCUCCUGCUCGUCACCACCAUCACGCUCGCCUCCUACUUCUGCACCCGAGCGCCCGCCGACGCCGCGGGGGAGGCCGCUCCGUCGUCCGGGCGCCACGGCGGCGAAGGGGCGCACGACGAUGUCGAGCUCGGCAUCGACGAGGCCACGCUCAAAGGGUACCCGGAGGUGGUGUACGGCGAGGCCAGGAAGCUGGCCAAGGCCACCAAGAAGGGCACCUCCACGUGCACGUGCUGCUCCAUCUGCCUCGACAACUACGGCAAAGGCGACGUGCUCCGGAUGCUGCCCGACUGCGGCCACCUGUUCCACCGGGAGUGCGUCGACCCCUGGCUCCGCCACCACCCGACGUGCCCCGUGUGCCGGACGUCGCCGGUGCCGAGCCCCAUGCCAACGCCACUCGCCGAGGUCACGCCGCUGGCAAUGUCCAGGAUGUCGAUGUCGUCAUGACAACAGGCACAGACCGGCUGCUUCUUCUAUUUUCCCCCUUUAUUGCCCCGUACUGCUAUACCACUACUAAUGUAAUGUGGUGGAAUUGGUAGAUUGGGGCUCAUGGCAUUUAAAAAAAAAUGGAAUGAGCGAAAAUGUUCAGGAUACUAGGAAUUAGAAUAAUAUUUUCUUGGGUGCAAUUGUAAAUUUGGGUUCAGCAUCGUUUUCUUUUCUCCUUCAUGAAAAAGGAUCCGAUCGAAUUAGGGGCUGACAAAUAUUGGACGAAUCUUUCAAACCACAGGAACCGCGCUUUCUGCUUCACAGUCAUCAUCUGGAGACAGUAAGGAACUUGCUCCCACGUCCCAAGAAUAUGUGAAUUCCUGAUGAUGGAACUUUUGGUGCA